AUGGCAUCCUCACUGAUUACAGUCGCCACCUGCAACCUUGCGCAGUGGGCAUGGGACUUUGACGGCAACACGAAGCGCAUUAUUGAGUCCAUCCACAAGGCCAAGGCCGCCGGCGCGAGCUUGCGAGUGGGCCCAGAGCUGGAAAUCUGUGGCUAUGGCUGUCUCGACCACUUUCUGGAGGAAGAUACCAUUCGCCACUGCUGGCAAUGCCUCAAGACCAUCCUUGAGGACAAGACGUGCCACGGCAUCAUGCUGGACAUCGGCAUGCCCGUGUCGCAUGAGGGCCUCCUCUUCAACUGUAGAAUCAUCUGCCUUGAUGGCAAGAUUCUGCUGAUUCGCCCCAAACUCUGGCUCGCAGGAGAUGGCAACUAUCGAGAGCAAAGACACUUUACGCCCUGGUCACGCCCACAGCACUGCGAGGAGUUCUACCUGGACCCCAUCAUCGAGAAGUUGCAAGGAUCAGGGACUGUGACGAUUGGUGACGCUGUCAUCAGGACACCCGACACCACCAUCGGUUGCGAGACUUGCGAGGAGCUCUUCACUCCCGACCCUCCCCACAACCAUAUGUCUCUGAAUGGCGUCGAGGUUAUCACGAACUCGAGCGGAUCACACUUUACAUUGCGAAAGCUGCAUCUUCGCAUGCAGCUCAUCAUGGAAGCCACGCGCAAGAACGGCGGGUGCUACAUAUAUGCCAAUCAACAGGGAUGUGAUGGUGAUCGACUCUACUACGAUGGGUGCGCCAUGAUAAUAUGCAACGGCAAGCUCCUGGCCCAAGCAUCGCAAUUCAGUCUACAAGAGGUUGAGGUUGUCACCGCUACCAUUGACUUGGAUGAAAUACGUGCCUUCCGACGCUCGGCUUCGAGGGGAAUGCAGUCUGUUCAAGCCCCGACCUACGAGCGUAUCAAAACGCCUUUCCGGUUAAGUCCUGAAGAUGGCCAUCUGGACCUCGACAUAUUCCCCUCGUUGGAGAUGCAGCCUCGCUACCAUUCGCCCGAAGAAGAGAUAGCCCUGUGCACUGGGGCAUAUCUUUGGGACUACCUCCGUCGAUGCGGCGCGGCGGGAUACCUAGUACCCCUCAGUGGCGGGAUCGACUCUUGUGCGACUGCUGUCAUUGUCUUCUCUAUGUGCAGAAUGGUUAUCGAAGCCUGCCAGGCUGGCGACGAGCAAGUCGUAGCCGACGUCAAGCUACUAGCUAAAUUCGGCGGCGACAAGGUCCCAGAUACACCAGAGGACUUGUGCAAUCAGCUUUUCCAUACGAUUUACAUGGGUAUGUCGCAGCAAAGCUCCAAGGAGACACGGCAGAGGGCCAAGGAUCUGGCUUCUGCCAUCGGCUCCUAUCAUGUUGAUCUGGACAUCGACGAAGUCUUCAAUGCCCAACGGAAUCUCAUCGUCAACUCUCUCAACUUCGAGCCCAAAUUCAAAGUCCACGGUGGUUCUCUGGCCGAAAACCUGACUCUGCAGAACAUUCAAGCACGCACACGCAUGGUGACAGCAUACGAAUUCGCCCAGAUUCUUCCGACAACUCGUGAGCGGCCAGGCGCCGGGUCACUGUUGGUACUUGGAAGUGCCAAUGUUGGCGAGUCACUUCGCGGCUAUCUGACAAAGUACGACUGCUCCUCCGCCGACCUAAAUCCGAUCGGAUCCAUAGAUAAGUCGGACUUGAAGAGGUUCAUCGCAUGGGCUGAAGUGAACUUUGAUCUUCCCUGCCUACGCAAGUUUCUGGAUGCGGUCCCGACUGCUGAGCUGGAGCCGAUCACAGAAACCUAUGUCCAGUCCGACGAGAUAGACAUGGGUAUGACAUAUGAUGAGCUGACAACUUUCGGCCGACUGAGGAAGUUCGACAAACUCGGGCCUUACAGCAUGUUCAAAAGGCUGGUUCACGAAUGGGGCCACAACGCCGGAGAGCAUACGACACCAGCAUAUACACCCAGACAGGUUGCCGAGAAGGUCAAGCGCUUCUUCCAUUACUAUGCUAUCAACCGCCAUAAAAUGACCACCUUGACGCCAUCACUCCAUAGUAAUGAUUACUCGCCUGACGACAAUCGAUUCGAUCUUCGACCCUUCCUGUACCCGCCCUUCUAUCAGAGUCUGGCCUUCAGGUGCAUCGACGAGGACCUGGCCAAGAUUGAAGCAAAGCAGAAGGAGAAGGCAGGGGGUGUGGACUGA